CCUUACACAGAAACAAGAACCAAAAAGGGAAAGAAAAUACUCUGUCCAAGGAGCUUCACUGUAAAUGAAUACAUAAAUACUUAUUAGUGGAGCAUCAAGCAUAACUCAAGAGCACUGUAUUUUACUAUCACAAACUCAUUUAUCAGCACCAUCACAGUGACCCUAUGCUGCUUCUAUAAUUAAAAGGGAAAAAGUUGGUCAUACUCGCAUCAAUUUGUUUCCAACAUGUCAGACAGACUGCCCCAAAAUCACCUCCCACAUCCCUUGGCUCAGCCAGGAGGACAGUGUGUCUAUGCGUAUGGAGAACCUGGGCUGGUUACAGAGGUUCUGCCAGAUAACCAACCCCCUAUUCAGCCAGUUGUGUAUACAUCUGCACAAAUGAAUCUAGCACCUCACCAGAUUCAGCCGUAUGAAGACAGACUGCCCCAAAAUCACCUCCCACAUCCCUUGGCUCAGCCAGGAGGACAGUGUGUCUAUGCGUAUGGAGAACCUGGGCUGGUUACAGAGGUUCUGCCAGAUAACCAACCCCCUAUUCAGCCAGUUGUGUAUACAUCUGCACAAAUGAAUCUAGCACCUCACCAGAUUCAGCCGUAUGAAGCUCCUGCACUUCCAGUAAUGGCUGUACCUGUUGGAGUACCACCAGGUCUGCAGUACCUUACUAUGAUCGACCAAGUUCUUAUUCACCAAAAAAUGGAGUGUAUUGAGAUAUUCACUGGCUUUGAGACUAACAACCAGUAUGAGAUCAAGAACAGCCUCGGCCAAUUGAUCUUCCAGGCCAAAGAAAAGACAGACUGCUGCACACGCAAUAUCUUAGGUGCAAUACGCAACUUUCAAAUACGGAUUGAAGACAACAUGGGCCAAGAAGUCAUGCGGGUGCAAAGACCGUUACGCUGCGACUCUUGUUGCUGCCCUUGCUGUUUGCAAGAGCUGGAAAUACAAGCUCCCCCUGGAGUGACUAUUGGACACAUAAAACAGAACUGGCAUGCUUUCUUUCCAAUAUUCUCAGUCCAAGGACCCCACAGUGAGACACUAUUGAAGAUCAAGGGGCCCUUUAUGGCAUGUAAAUGUGGUGAUAUACAUUUUGAGGUAAAAGGGAAAGAGGGUGAAAAGCCUAUUGGUCGAAUCACGAAACAACGGUCUGGUAUCCUGCAAAAAUGCUUUACUGAUGCCACCAACUUCACUGUCCAGUUCCCUAUGGACAUGGAUGUUAAGACGAAGGCUGUAUUAAUGGGUGCCUGCUUCCUCAUUGAUUUCAUGUUUUUUGAAAAAGGCGGAGGUUUAUUUUGGAAACUUUUAUAAGCCACUGAACUUUGUGUGUCAGAUAAGGGUGGCAUAUGCAGUGCUGGGGGUGCCCAGACCAGAGUUAACCUCUGUUUAUAGGGGCCCGGAAAGUUCAUCCAAAAAUUAGAUUAUUUUUAUUUUAGUGUUAUUUUAACUAUUGUUGACAAAGGGCUUUAAUAUCAUAAAAUAUCAAGAUGUUCUUCUGUCUAAGUACCAGUAAACCUGAUGUAAAAUCACAUAAUUUUUACAACAUAGACAAUACGGUACAUUAUAUGCCUAAAAGAAAAGAUAACAAACUACACUAAAAAAUGACAUAGAUAAUUACUUCAAGUAAAAUUACCUAAAUUAUUUAAGCACAUUUACAGUGCAUUAGCACAAUCAGUCACUGAGUGAAAAAUACACACACCACGAGCUCUCCCAUAACCUAAGCACAAGCACCACUCUUCUGAACGAUGGUAACCAUGAAACUCAAAAACACAAACAGAAUCUCUUUUAAAUCUUAAAGACAACUGAACAAUAAACACUAUCAAGUCUUUCAUUUUAUCGUAAAAGCACAUAAAAUAACACUUUUUCACAAAAAUGACUCAAUUGCUCUAAAACUGCUCAGUUAGUGAAGUUACAGUAACUAAAAGAAUUCAUGUGUCCCACCACAAAAUACAAGUUUGAGUGGGUUGAACAUGAUAAAAUUAAGUUGAAUUCACUCAAUAAUUUGUGCAUUUAGAAUUCCGAGAUUUUUUCCAUCAUUUUAACUUAAAUUUUGGUUAAAAAAAAACAAGAACACAAUUGUAUUAAGUAAAAUUUACUCAAUUAAUUUCAUGAAAUCUACUAUGACACAGAAUCAUUUUUUACAGUGAAGCAUAUGUGUAUUAUUGACAGAGUAAAUGCUAUAUGCAAACCAUGAUUAACUACAUACUGUACAUACGCUCAGUCUAAAUUCUUGUAGAACCUUUUUUAAAUGCCUCCUACACCCGUGUCGUAUAGCAAAGAAAUGAAAGAUACAAUUAUAUUUUAUUCUAAAAUGGCCUGGACAGAUUUCUUAGUUCAAGAAAAAAAUAUAAAAUUGGAUUAUAUUGUAAAAUUUCAGACCAAGUUUAAGUUUCAUGGGACUGAAUAGCCUCCUCGGAUGCGGCCGCUAAAACUUUGUUAGUGUUUAAAGUAGCAACCUCUGACAAAUAAAAUUGUUUCUUUAUAUUGACAAGCCGCAAUGUUUGUGGAAAAUUGUUUUUUGAAAUGAGAUGAAACUAGACGGUUUUUUUGGUUGAUCAGAUCAACUCAAAAUUGUUGUUUUCUCAUGGAAUAAAUUUGUCCUGGCCUGUAUACUGCAUAG